AUGUCUUCGAACACGCUGGCCGCCUGCAUGUUUUGCUUCCUGGCUCUCUCUUCAGCCUGCUACAUUCAGAACUGCCCCAUUGGCGGGAAGCGUUCCACCCUGGAUGUGGAAGUCAGGAAGUGCAUUUCCUGCGGGCCUAGAAACAGAGGCCACUGCUUUGGACCCAACAUCUGCUGUGGAGAAGAGCUGGGCUGCUACUUUGGCACUGCAGAGACGCUGAGAUGCCAGGAAGAAACCUUCCUCCCGACCCCUUGUGAGUCUGGAAAGAAGCCAUGUGGAAGCAACGGGGGAACCUGUGCCUCAUCGGGCAUCUGCUGCAACCACGAGGGCUGCGUGUUGGACUCGAUGUGUGCUCAAGAAUAA